ACAAUGAAGAGCCAAGGUGGUUCUUUAGCCCUGUUGACCCUUUGCGGGGCCCUGGGUGUAGCGGUUGGGCAGAGGGUGGAGUGUCAGAGACCCGCCAAUGCCUCAGACACCAUCUACAACUUCAGCUUAAGAGAUGUACACAAACAGAAGACGAUAUCACUAGACCAGUACCGAGGGGAUAUCGUCUUGGUGGUCAACGUGGCCACCUUCUGAGGGUUAACCCCCCAUUAUUAUGGGAUGAAUGCACUACAAACGGAAUUCGGUCACGACGGAUUCCACGUCCUUGGUUUUCCUUGUAACCAGUUCAACAAGCAAGAACCUGGGGCCAAUGGGACAGAGAUCCUGAACGGAGUGAAGUACGUAAGACCUGGUGGAGGGUUCGUCCCCAAUUUCCAGCUUUUUGAGAAGAUCGAUGUCAACGGGGAGCACGAAAAUCCGCUCUAUACGUACCUCAAGGCGCACUGUGGCCCUACACACAAAGUGUUCCGCUCCGACAUGAUCUGGUACUAUCCGAUCGCGGUCAGUGACAUUUGGUGGAAUUGGGAGAUGUUCUUGGUAAACCACGAGGGAAUUCCAGUCCAUCGCUUCAACCCAGUCACCGAUCCUCAUGACCUCAGGCCUUUCAUAACUGACCUCUUAAUCAAAAGGGAGGCGGCCAAGCCAAUUGCUCAGAGAUCCGCCAAGAUGGGGACACCGUCAGUCCCCGUGGUACUGGGGUUCCUCUUCAUGACAGCCAGUGCCAGAAGUUUCACUCCUGGUGGCCGGGUCAGCUGUAACCAGCCCAGUAACGUCUCCUGGUCAGUGUACGACUUCAACAUGGAGGACAUCCUACAGACGAAGAUACAGAAGCUAUCUGACUACAGAGGAGAAAUUCUGCUCAUUGCCAACACGGCGACUUACUGAGGUCUAACACCGCAUUACAUCGGACUGAAUGCACUACAGUCCGAGUUUGGCCACCAGGGUUUCCGAGUUUUGGGUGUACCGUCUAAUAUCUUUAACCAGGAAGAGCCCGGAUGGAACGGCACAGAGAUCCUGCUCGGUGUGAAGUACGUCCGCCCUGGAGGAGGUUUUGUCCCGAACUUUCCCAUGUUCGCGAAAGUAGACGUCAACGGACAGAACCAGCAUCCUCUGUACGCAUAUCUGAAGCUCUUUUGUCCACCGACGUCUGACUACUUCCGUCCAGGGCUGUAUUACUCUCCAAUCAUGGUGAACGACGUCCGCUGGAACUGGGAGAAGUUUCUGGUAAACCAUCAUGGCCGUGUCGUCUAUCGCUACCAUCACCCCAUGGAGCCAGUCAAGUACAUACGGGAUGACAUCAUAGCUCUUCUGGCUCAGAGAGACAACGAGCUCGGCACCACGGCCAAACCAACCGCAGAUGGUGGCGCUGUAGUCGUGGGAUAGAAACGAAUCAAACCACCUUUUGUUCAUCUUAUAAAUACUAGUAGAUGAAAUAUCUAAACUGACUGAACUGACUGCGGUUAUUCGUAUAUGUUGUCCCCUUAUAGUAUACAUAUUAAGUCGCAAAAGUCCCCGCAACACCUAAUAGCAGACUGAAUGACGGGAAAGUUAUAAACAGCCAAUGGCUGCAAGCUUUCGCUCGAUGGAUACUGUCACAUCGAGGUUCUUGUGCAUUCAGCCUCGAUGUGGGCCGUGUCAGUCUGCUUGUUUGAUUCUCUCCGAUGUUUUCAUCGAUUGAAUAUUGCAUAUCAGAGUGGGGUUUGAUAAAACAACUUAGUGUGUAAUAAAGCUCAUAAUUUGUCAGAAAACAUG